CGCGCUGCGCCUGCGUGAAGCGUUUCCGUGGCGUGUGGCGUCCGAAAGCUGGCCUAGGAGUGCACGUGGAGUGCUGUGCCUGCCGCCGAGGGGGUGUUUCCGGCUUGACCCGUUUUCGGGUGAGCGGAGGCUUCGGUACCAUGGGGCGCAAGUUGGACCCUACGAAGAAGGAAAAGCGUGGGCCAGGCCGAAAAGCCCGCAAACAGAAGGGUGCCGAGACAGAGCUUGCCAGAUUCUUACCUGCGGUUAAGGAUGGUGAUGAAAAUUCUAAGAGGCUGUCUAGUCGGGCUAGAAAGAGGGCAGCCAAGAGGAGAUUGGGCUCUACUGAAGCUCCUAACAAGUCUCCUGGGGCUAAACCAUUGCCUGGAAAGCUACCAAAAGGACUUGUCCGGCCAUCUGGAAAGAAGGGAACCCCGUCUUUAUAUAAUGUUGCUCAAGGCAGGAAGCGCCCAGCACCACCCCAUAGCAGUGAUGAAGAAGUGGAUGAGGAAGACUCUGAAGAAGAUGGUGUAAUGAACCAGGAGGACCUCUGGGGCUCUGAGGACAGUGAUGCUGACAUGGUGGAUGACUAUGGGGCCGACUCUGACUCAGAGGAGGGAGAUGAGGAUGAAGAUGAAGAGUUGCUGCCCAUUGAAAAGGCUGCUCGGAAGCAGAAGGCCCAGGAAGCUGAUGUGGGGGGCCAGUGGAGUGAAGAGGAAACUGAUAAAGAGGAGGAAAAGGAGAAAGUGUCCUCGGAGUCAGGUCCCACAAAGGAUGAUGAGGCGGAUGGGGGCCUACAAAUCAACGUGGAUGAGGAGGAGCCGUUUGUGCUGCCCCCUGCUGAGGAGAUGGAGCAGGGUGCCCAGGCUUCAGACCUUCAACGAGUUCACAAGCGGAUCCAGGAUAUAGUUGGAGUGCUGCGGGAUUUCAGCACUCAGCGGGAGGAAGGUCGGUCUCGUUCUGAAUAUCUGAACCGGCUUCAGAAGGAUCUGGCCGCUUAUUAUUCCUAUGGAGACUUCCUGCUUGGCAAGCUUAUGGACCUCUUCCCUCUGUCUGAGCUAGUAGAGUUCUUAGAAGCUAAUGAGGUGCCUCGGCCCAUCACCCUACGAACCAAUACCUUGAAAACUCGGCGCCGGGACCUUGCUCAGGCUCUAAUCAAUCGUGGGGUUAACCUGGAUCCCCUGGGCAAGUGGUCAAAGACUGGACUAGUGGUGUAUGAUUCUUCGGUGCCCAUUGGUGCAACUCCCGAGUACCUGGCUGGGCACUACAUGCUGCAGGGAGCCUCCAGCAUGCUGCCCGUCAUGGCCUUGGCACCCCAGGAACAUGAGCGGAUCCUGGACAUGUGUUGUGCCCCUGGAGGGAAGACCAGCUACAUAGCUCAGCUGAUGAAGAACACAGGUGUGAUCCUUGCCAAUGAUGCCAAUGCUGAGCGGCUCAAGAGUGUAGUGGGUAACUUGCAUCGGUUGGGAGUCACCAACACCAUCAUCAGCCACUAUGAUGGGCGCCAGUUCCCUAAGGUUGUGGGGGGCUUUGACCGAGUACUGCUGGAUGCCCCCUGCAGUGGCACUGGGGUCAUCUCCAAGGACCCAGCUGUGAAGACUAACAAGGAUGAGAAGGACAUCCAGCGCUGUGCCCACCUUCAGAAGGAGUUGCUCCUGAGUGCUAUCGACUCUGUCAAUGCCACCUCCAAGACAGGAGGCUACCUGGUCUACUGCACCUGCUCUAUCAUGGUGGAAGAGAACGAGUGGGUGGUAGACUAUGCUCUGAAAAAGAGGAACGUGCGGCUGGUGCCCACAGGUCUAGACUUCGGCCAGGAAGGUUUUACCCGCUUUCGAGAAAGGCGCUUCCACCCCUCUCUGCGUUCUACCCGCCGCUUCUAUCCUCAUACCCACAAUAUGGAUGGUUUCUUUAUUGCCAAGUUCAAGAAGUUCUCUAAUUCUAUUCCUCAGUCCCAGACAGGAGAUUCUGCAACAGCCACGCCUACAAACCCAGAUUUACCUGACCUGAAGAGUCAGGUCACUCCCAAGCCUGAGAACAGCAGUCAGCCAACCGAGAAAGCCAAAGGGGCUGGGAAGGCAAAGCAGAAGUUGCAGAAACAGAAACAUCCCAGGAAGGCCUCCUUCCAGAAGCAGAAUGGCAUCUCUAAAAGGACAGACUCAGAAUUGUCCACUGUGCUUCCUAUGACAAAGGCUCAAGCAUCCUCCCAGGUCCAGGAUAGCAGUCAACCAGCUGAAAAAGCUGAAGUUGUCAGGGAACCAAAGGUGACUGGGAAACUAAAGCAACAAGCACCUAAACUGCAGUCUCCAAAGAAAGUUGCCUUUCUGAAGCAGAAUGGCCCUCCCAAGGGCACAGACUCUGGAACGCCUGCUAUGCUAUCCGUCUCCAAGACUCAGGCUACCCCCAAGCCUGAGGACCAGGGUCGGCCCCUUGGGAAGGCCAAAGGGACUGAGAAGGUAAAGCAGCAGUUGCCAGAGCAGCCUUUCAAGAAAGGUGCCUUCUGGAAACAGAAUGGCACCCCCAAGGGUCCUAAGACUCGCACCACAUACUCCCGCAGUCCCAGCCGGCCUCCACCAGCAAAGAGGAGGAAAUCUCAGUCCAGAGGCAAUAGCCAGCCACCGGUGUCUCAGAAGGAUGAUUGAAAAGUAGACUGGGGUGGCUUAUUGCCAUUAUCAUUGGGUUGGAACUCUUAACCUCUGUGAGGAUGGCUUCCCCAAUGUGUAUAAGGAUGAAAUUUAAUACACAUUUUACAACCUCGG